AUGGCCAUCAAAAGAAAAGAGACGUCCAACAUCAAGGUGUUCAAACGGCUCACUCCUGCGACUGUCACCUACGACCUCUCCCGGGCUGAUAGUGUGACAAUCACCGUGCCUGUUGCUUCUACUUGGACUUCCGGUCCACACUGGCACGAGACUCACACCGAAUAUCUCCAGGUCUUGCAAGGACGCGCAUUCGUCAGAGUUGGGGAUCGAUCCGGGGUCUAUAGAGCGGAGGAUGGCGCGAUCGAAGUCCCGAGAUACACAGUCCAUGAAUGGCACCGGUUUUUUGCAGGAGACGAGGACCAAGAAGACCUCAUUGUGCGAGAAUGGACGGUACCUGAAGACGGCCAAAAGGAAAUCUUUUUCCGGAUGCUCAACUCGUUCCUGACGGAAGAUCAGCCCAGCUCCUUGUACACAUCAUCCGUCUGGAUCCCCAAAUGGGUUGAGACCCGAAUCGAGCAUUGGGUUGUGGCAUUGCAGUUGUUUUGCAUCUUUGACUCUUGGGACAACUGGCCUGUAUUGAUUGGAGAGGAUAAUGGAUGGGUCAGUUGGUCAGUGACACACUUGGUGUUGGGACUUUCGACGGCGAUUGGAUUUGUGCUUGGAUUGCGAGGGACAUACAGUGCGUAUGUUGAUGACGAGCUGCUACGUAGAGCCACACGAGGGAAUGGCACGCGGAAGACAAGAUGA